AUUCUGUUUAGCUUUCGCCGGCACUAUGAUCUCUCGUUCGUCCACGAUGCUGAUAUGUGCGCGAAUGGCCAAUCGCUGCGUCACGCACUGCCUGGCCGCCAAGCCCUCGGAGGCGAGGCUCGAGCUGAGUCGACGAUUCAGUCAGGCGUGUCUCGUGUGCCCGGAGAGGGACGCCAAAAAGACGCAAUCCCUGUGUGAGAUCCGUACGAUUGGCACCGGGGAGCCGACUUCCGAGGACGAAUUGUUCAGCGAGGACUCGGAGAUCGAUGCCAGCUCUGCGGCUGAAGGGCUGCAUGGACAGGCGCUGGACAUGGACAGCAGCGCCAGACUCAUGGCAGACAAUGAUGAUCAGUGGGAUCAGCUGAAGAAGCUGGCACCAGAAGAAAUCAAUCAGAACACUUGUCAGGCGGAGGACACUAUUAGUGUGAAGACCUUAACUGCUCGCGACAAGGGCGCGUCAUCGAUUGCGUAUCAAUCGAGGAAAGGUUACCACGACAUCCGUCGAAGAAGGUUUAGCAGAAGAUCCAGCGGUAGAUUUGGUGAGGAUAAGGACUCUACGAGUGCCCCUGGAACAACAGAUGACUACGACCAUUGCAUUAGUCUAGCAGUGGACGAUAUCCUCGCUGGCUGCCUCGUCUCCGAAGCUGGCUGGUUCCACGAAAGCUGGAUCACCAAUGAAGCAAACAGUCCAUUGGCAGAGGAUGAGAGAACGGGUCCAGCGGUGCGGUAUAACAAUGAGUCAUACGAUCUAGCCGACUUCACGGACUUCUUGGAAUCAAUUGAGGAAACAAAGAGCUUCGCAGCGUCCGAAAUAGAGGCCUUGUUCAAGGAGUAUGUGGCCAGCACGAAUACUCAAUUGGAAGCGGAUCGAACUGUCUACGACGAGUGCAUGAAUCAGGCCGUACAGGCGGCAAAUAUCUUGAAUGAUGCAGGGGACCCGGAGUUCAGGGCAAACACACUCUCUCCAAAUCUAUCUGUCUACAAGGCGUGCAUGAGGUGGAAAGUAAGGGGGAAAGGGGGGCUCAGAACGAGGUCCAAAGAGGAGUGGGUUCCGGCACCAACGAAUCUAUCGGGAUCGAAAAAGGGUGCCAACCAGGUCUACCUCGACGAAAUGCAGAGCGUGUGGCACCGUGACCGCGUGGCCACAUCCACAGACGCAUUGAACGCAGACCAGGAGACAGACAUGGCCGAUGCGUUCAACACUGAGAUUGCCAGCAAGAUCUUCUUUGACAAAAUGCAAAGUAUGUGGGACCAUAACCGAGCGGAUUACUCCACCUCCACCUCCAGGAAAGACCAGGACUUGGCCAGCACAACCGAUGCCGACUCGGACUUUGGCGAGUUCCUUCGCUGCGAGUCCGAGGCUCCAGAGGCCAUUAAUACCAUAAAGCCCUACAGGCCCUUCAAAACCAUACAAGUUCCUGCUGAUUCGAAGGCCACCCGAAGUAAGAUUUCCACAGGACUUGACAAAUCUCUGAAGAGUCUGCGCCCUGCAGCGCCAAAGGCACCUGCCAAACCGGGAAAGGGUAUUCGGGAACUGCCAGCGGAUAAGCUCGCUGUAACCAAGGGGGACGCCAAGGGGCGCCGCCUCCACACCAACCUAACGGAGACGCAGUCACACACACAAGUGGUUCUUGCCGUUCUGCAGCAGGCCCUUGACGAACUGAAGUCCGGAAAAAGCCGUCUCAAGACCACGAUCAAAAUCACCAAGCCUGAAAAGUAGUAGACGGAGCAGCUGGGCAUUUAUUUAAUUUGUUUGGAUAAUCAAAAUUAUUAUAUUGAAAAGCAAUAAUGGAAUAAUUAUUUUAAAUAUGAGUUACACGCA